AUGGCUGCCCCUUCCACCACCACCACCUCCUCCACCUCUCCUCCUCCCGCACCUCCCCCAGCUCCUCCCAGACCCUCCCGCCUCCAACGCACCAAACACUCCCUCCUCCACUGGAUCGACUACGACCCUCAAGUUGUCGAUGCAGCGCCCGUCAGCGACCGGAUCAAGAGAGCCGUGAGGGGGACUAGUCCGGCGAAAGCGGCGGGAGCUUAUUUGCAUAGGUUGUUUCCGUUUACCAACUGGAUCUUGCAUUACAACUUGCGAUGGCUGCUUGGGGACUUGAUUGCGGGAAUCACGGUGGGGUUGGUCCUCGUGCCGCAGGCGAUGUCCUACGCACGCAUCGCGACACUACCUCUCGAAUACGGUCUCUACUCGUCCUUCGUCGGAGUAAUGAUCUACGCCCUCUUCGCGACCUCGAAAGACGUCACCAUCGGUCCCGUGGCAGUCAUGUCGCUUGAAGUUGCGCGCGUCAUCUCGCACGUCCAGUCUUCGAGCGGAGGGGCGAUGUAUUCCGCGCCCGAGAUCGCGACGGCGUUGGCGUUUCUGUGUGGAUUGAUCGUGCUUGGUAUCGGGAUGCUGAGGAUUGGGUGGUUGAUUGAGUUCAUCCCCUCGCCCGCCAUCAGCGCCUUCAUGACCGGCUCGGCGCUCAACAUCGCGGUCGGGCAGUUCCCCGCCCUGAUGGGAUACUCCUCCAAGCUCAACACGCGCGCAGAGACGUACAAAGUGAUCAUCAAUUCGCUCAAGCACUUGCCCGACACGAGACUCGACGCCGCAUUCGGUCUCUCGGGCCUCGCGUUCCUCUAUAUCGUCCGAUACGUCCUCCAACAGACCGAGCGGCGCGCGAGGAACCCUAUCGUCAAGCGCAUCGCGUUCUUUGCGCUCACGCUUCGGACGGCCUUCGUGAUUGUCAUUCUCACGGUCGCCUCGUGGGCGUUCCUCCGACACAAAGACCCGAAACACUUCCCCAUCGCCGUGCUCAAGGACGUCCCGUCUGGCUUCAAGCACAUGGGUCAGCCCAAGCUCCCGACCGACCUUCUCUCCAAGAUCGCGCCUCAGCUCCCCGUCUCGACCAUCAUCCUUCUCCUCGAACACAUCGCCAUCGCCAAAUCCUUCGGCCGCGUCAACAACUACAAGAUCGAUCCCAACCAGGAACUCAUCGCCAUCGGCGUGUCGAACCUCGUCGGAACGGUCUUCAACGCCUACCCGGCGACGGGAUCGUUCUCGCGCUCGGCGAUCAAGGCGAAGGCGGGUGUGAGGACGCCGUUGGCGGGUUGGUUCACGGGCGUCUGCGUUGUCGUCGCCCUCUACGCUCUCACCUCCGCCUUCUACUGGAUUCCCUCGGCUGCCCUCUCCGCCGUCAUCAUCCACGCCGUCCUCGACCUCAUCGCCUCGCCGAAGCAGGUCUACGCCUUCUGGAAAGUCUCCCCUCUCGAAGCCGUCAUCUUCUUCAUCGCCGUCCUCGUCUCAAUGUUCGCAACCAUCGAAAUCGGCAUCUACACCUCGGUCGGCGCAUCCGUCGCGCUCCUCCUCUUCCGCAUCGCACGUCCUCGAGGCGCCUUCCUCGGCCGCGUCAAGAUCCGUCCGGACGUCCAGGUUUCGCCGUCCCGCGACGAGCAGGAAGAAGGAACGUCGUCCGGCACGCUUAGCCCGUACCCGCGCUUGCCUGGGAGGGACGUCUACCUCCCGCUCCUCCCCGAUGGCGUGCGCAACCCGCUCGUACAGGUCGAGGCGCCUCCGCCUGGCGUCAUCGUCUUCCGCUUCGAGGAGUCAUUCUUGUACCCGAACGCUGCUUACUAUGCCGACAUGAUCGUCGAGCACGCGCACAAGCACACCCGGCCUGGCGACCAGCUCGACAACGUCAGGGCUGGUGACCGACCAUGGAACAACCCCGGCCCGCUUCCCUGGCGAAAGCGCAAGGCCGCCUCGACUCCCGAAGAACAAGCCGCGCAAGACAAGCCCAUCCUCCGCGCCGUCGUCUUCGACAUGUCGUCCUGCUCCAACAUCGACACUACGAGCGUGCAGAACUUGGUCGACUUGAAACGCACGCUGGAACGUUAUGCGGGCGACCAGGUCCAGUUCCACUUUGCGACCAUUCUCAGCCCGUUCAUCAAGCGCGCCCUCCUCGCCGGCGGUUUCGGUACCGGCAAAGGCUGGUCAGGACCCGAGCGACCGCUCGAGAUCGCUCCCGUUGUGCAAGCCGGCAUGGAGCCCGUCAUGACCGAGCACGCGAAGCGGUUGCAGCGCAUGCACUUCCAGCGUCGGUUCUUCCCUGGCAGUCCGUUGCCGGGCACGCCGCAGAAACUUGCGGACGAGAAGGAGGAGGGGAAUGUCCGUGAGGCGAGGGAGGAGGGAGAGGGAGUGAGGCACGAGGAUCUUGAGGCGGCGCUCGGAGAGGUCGAGCGGCAGGGCAUGCACCUCGGAGGAUCGGUCUGGGGACACGAGGUGCCAGGCCACGAGGAGCCGAACCUCGAGCAACCAGUCUUGUCCACUUCCUUCCCCCGCUUCCACCUCGACCUGACGUCUGCAGUCUCCGCUGCCGUCGGUCGCGACGACUGGUGA